AUGACCGCAAGCACGCCGAACAGCUCAAACGGGUAUAGCGCUAGCCCCCUUCGUCCACCGUUGUUUGUGGCACAACAACCCGUCGGUGAAAAUGGCUAUCCUGUCAUCCAGAAAGUCUUGAUUGCCAACCGCGGUGAGAUUGCCUGUCGCAUUAUCCGAACCUGUCGCAAGCUCAGUAUCACUUCGGUGGCAAUAUAUGUUGAUGAGGAUUUCACAUCGCGACAUGUCACCGAAGCGGAUGAGUCCAUCAAUAUCGGGAGCCUUGAAAAAGCGCCGCGCAAUCCGUUCCUCGACAUCGAGCUGCUUGUCCAGACAGCAGUCUCAGCUGGCGUCCAAGCUGUUCAUCCAGGCUACGGAUACCUUAGCGAGAAUGCCGACUUUGCCAACCGCAUACGAGAGGCAGACCUCAUUUUCAUCGGUCCAUCAGCCAGUGCGAUGUCUACACUCGGGGAUAAGAGAUCAUCGAAGACUUACCUGCGAGAGCAUGCGCCUGACGUUCCUUUGAUCCCAGGGUUUGCGGGAUCGAGUCAAAAUCCAGAUGCACUCAGGCGAGCGGCCGAGGAGAUCGGAUUUCCAAUCAUGGUGAAGGCAUCCGCUGGAGGAGGUGGUAAGGGUAUGCGCGUCGUUCGAGAGUCAAGUCAGCUCAAAGACGAGCUUGCACGGGCACAGUCCGAGGCGAGACGCUCUUUCGGUUCCAGCGACUGCAUCCUCGAAAAGUACAUCGAAGACAGCAAGCACGUGGAGAUACAGGUCCUCGGCGAUUCUCAUGGAGAGGUGGUAUCCUUUUUUGAUCGAGACUGCUCGGUGCAAAGACGGCACCAGAAGGUUAUCGAGGAAACUCCCUGUCCGUUCCUGACGGAUGAAACUCGACAGAAAAUGAUCAAUGCUGCGGUUCGCAUCGCAAAAUUGAUCGAAUAUGAGAACGCUGGCACAGUCGAGUUCAUUCUCGAUGUGGCAACCGACCGGUUUUAUUUUCUUGAGGUCAACGCCCGCUUGCAAGUGGAGCAUCCAAUCACAGAAGAAGUUACAGGUGUUGAUCUCGUGUCAUUGCAGCUGUUUGUCGCCGCUGGUGGAAGUAUCCGCGAUCUCCCUGCAGUGUUGAACAGCAAGAUUGAAGGUCAUGCGAUAGAAUGCCGUUUAACAGCCGAAAGCCCCGAGCGAAACUUCUUUCCCGAGCAUGGUCAAGUUCAUUUGUGGCGGCCAGCUCCCGGCGUUUUCUCCCCGGACGAGAUAUCCGCCAUAGAAAAGAUGCGAAAGGUGCUGGCGGAAACCGCUUGCGUUGGGGUCAAAACGAACCAGCUGUUUCUGCAGUCCUGUCUGCUGAGCCAGAAUUUCCGCGACCCUGCAUAUACGACUUCAUUCAUUCCAGCCAAUCUUGAGCUGCUUCUCAAGCCACCUUCGAUCUGCGAAGACACCCAUACAAAAGCAAUGCUCUCAAUCAUUCCAAGUCUAGCUGUGCGAAGACUUGCCGACUUCCUUCCGACUUCCUUCAAGCGCAAGCCUUUUCAUAGCGUGCGCAAGCAGUUCCGCAAUCAGCGAUAUGACCCCGUCAGUGCUCAUUGCGAUAUCAUCACGCCAAUGAGCUGGCAAGAUGGAGGCAAGGAGAACAGGAAAACCACAAGCUCACUGUGUCUUUGGAAACCGGCCCAUUCGGGGUCACCAGCUGGGACAGAUGAAGUGCAGGUUUGGUCGGUUCCCGAGGAGGAUGUUUCGCAAAAAGAUCUCAGGCGCGCUGCUGCCCAAGUAUCCGCCAAAUACAAUAUGAUAAGCCAAGAAAUACGCGAAAUACGACGCGGGAAAUACACUACCUCCGGCUCCUACAAAAUUCACAUCAAAUCCUGGCAGCCAGCAGAGGGAAGUCCUGCCUUAGCUAAUUCGUGGCUUACUUCGACAAUGGAAGUGAUCGUCAAUGGGAAGAGCGCGACUGCACAUGUUUGUAUCCCAUCAGCUCAGGCCUAUACUCUUGCCGGACAAGUUGAUCGCAGUCAACAUAUCUUGUGCCAUUUUCCGACAAUGGGGACCUGGCUUGAGUUCGAACGAGACACGCUUCUUUCGUUCGCAAGAAGAAUGAGGUCAGUUGCAAAGUCCAACAACGAUUCAGAGAAUACGACUGUCAUUGCGCCAAUGCCUUGCAAAAUUCUCUCGAUCUUGAAGAAGAAUGGGGACGAUGUCAAAGUUGACGAGUCUGUGAUGAUAAUCGAGUCUAUGAAAAUGGAGAUCGUCAUUAGAAUGUCGGCUUCUGGGAAAUUUGAAACAAAGUGGAAGGAAGGCGAUGCAGUCGAAGAGGGAAAGGUUCUGUGCUCAGUAGUUUGA